AAUUACCAACACAUCAAUUGAUUCUAAAAAGGAUUUAGAAAAAGAACUAAAACAAUCAAUCGAAUCAUUUAUUCUAUCAACAGCUAAUAGUGUUAUUGAUCCAUUAUUAUCUUUAUUAACAAAAAUAUCAGUAUUUUUGAACCAGUCCAUUAAGAAUCAAACAGACCCAAUGCUUUUAUCACAACAAUCAUUUGCAGAUCCACAAAGAAUUAAAGAAAUUAUCGAGCAAGUUAAAGAAAAAUCUCAAACUUUUUUACCAGAUGUAUUGUCUAAAAUGAAACUAUAUCUUUCACCAUCAACUCAAACUCUUUUGGUGAAACCAAUUAAAACUAAUAUUAUUGAUGGGUUUGAUCAAAUUAAUCAAUAUACUAAAAAGUAUUAUACAGAUGAACAGAAUAAUAUUAUAAAUUUAAAAUCAUUAAAAGUAAUAUUGGAUGAUAUUUUUUCUACAUUAUCAUCUCCAAAAUUAACAAAUAAUAAUAGUAAUAAUAGUAAUAAAAAUAAUAAUAAUAAUAAUAAUAUUGAUGAUAAUAAUACCACUAAUAACAAUUCAAUAGAAAUAAAUAAUAACACUGAAUAA